AUGGAUACCUCAGAUGCAACCACAACAAACCCGGCGCAAAACGAAGAUCUCACACCCCUCGAGCAAGACGUUCUGGAUGAAUACGAAAGAUUAGCAGAGAACAUGAAAAAACUAGCGAACCACCUAGACAUCCUGGCCAACGCGCCCACGUCCGAAAUCCUCGAUGGCCUGCGACAAUUGGAGAGGAAGACGAGCUUGGUGUUUACGUUGUUGAAGGCUAGUGUUUAUAGUAUUGUGCUGGAGCAGGAGACUUAUUCGGGAGAUCCUAAUGUGGAUGAAGGGGGGAGUGAACCGUGA